AUUUUUAGAAUGCAGAGUAUGAGUCAUUUUGGCGGGAAUAGGAAAAGUUGGUUUUGUGGCGGUUACAUUGUUGCAGGCUAAAAUUUGUGAUCAGAAAUUAAUGUCAUGACGAAAGCGAAGCUUUUAACAAAAGCUUGAUUUACCCAUAAUGCCACAGGAGUUUCAAGUUUUACGCUGUUAUUCUUGUGACACUUUUCAAGUACAUCAGGUGAAAAAGGCCAAGAAAUGGAACUGCAAAGUUUGUGGUGAGAAGCAGUCUUUGAUAAAGGUGUUUGGUCAAGGCACCGGGGCUGAAUGUCGGCGGCACACGCAGAAGCUGAACAUGGUACAGGGAGAGGCUCGGGAGUGGGGGACUGUCCAGCAGGAGGAGGGUCACAAGGCUGGGGCUCAGACUUGUGAGGAAUCUGUCAAACAGGAUGACUAUGACUUUAUGGACCCAGAAAUACAGGAGAGCUCCCGUAGUCGCUGGUCCCUGUAUCUUGAUGCUGAGGUAGAGGAGGACGAGCUGGACACAAAGACAGGAGACGAUAUGUACACCACAGACUGGAGGGAAUACAGAUCAUCCAAGAAAUCAUUCAGGAAUGAGAAGUGUGAGUCAAAAAUGCAAAGGAAAAGGCAAAGAACAACUGAUUACAAGGAGACACAUCGUAGUUAUGAGAAGACAGACUUCGAAGGGAGUUCUACCAUAAGGAAAGGUGAUGCAGAAGACAAUAUUCCAAGGAGCUACCCACUUCGUGCUCAGCUUCAUGAAAGAUUUGGUGUCAGAAGUGGGAGGAAUUUAUUUCCAGGUGGUAGCGGAGUACACACCCUUAGGGAAGCUUGUACAAACUCAGCCCAGACUGAGGAUAUGUCUGGCUAUCAUCAUGACAAGCCAGUUAAAAAUGUCUUACAAAGGCCUGAAAUUGGCUCAGAUAGGAAGAAAAACUUGCCCAAACCAGUGGCUUCCAUGGCUAACAAUCAGCAGUCGAAAUGGGGAAAGUUUCUGGCGCCAGAAGCAGGAGACAGUGAUAGUUCAGAAGAACAAAACGGUAACUAUGUUGAAAAAGCAAAGACGGUAAUCCUUAAUAUCAACAGCUACAAGCAUACAGAAGUUGAAACAUUGCAAGAGCACAGUCCAGAUUUACACUCAGACAACCAGGAAAACAUCCCUCUGUUUGAAGCAAGCAGUGAAAAUGGAACUUUCGCGAAUAAUAUUAAUUUUUCAGAACAGAGGGACCACAGGAAGGGAUGUUUCCCAUCAGUUGGUCACAUACGGUCACGUGAACCACCUGGAAUUGAUUCUGUUUCCGGUAAGAGAACGUGCAGCGAUGUUGUGAUUCCAGAUAGUUCUUGCAGCACACUUCCUGUAGCAAGAAAUCCAACCGGUAACUCGGCUUCUAUAUUUUCUUUGGGUGAGACUUCAGAUGAUGAUGAUUUCACUUUUAAUAUUUGA